AUGACUUCCUUUAUCUCAGCCUGGAUUUGGAGUGAGAGAUUCUGGCUUCCCGAAAAUGUGUCGUGGACAGACCUGGAGCGCCCGCCAGCUGGAGUGGAGUACCCUAGACUGCAGCAUAUGCUUUGCCAUGCCUUUCCUCUGGCUGUCGGGGUUUUGCUGUUUAGGCUGCUUUUUGAAAGGCUGGUGGCCAGACCCUGUGCCCGCAUACUUCAGAUUCAGGCGGGAGCGCCCCGGCGAGUUCAGCCCAACGCUGUCCUGGAGAGGCUCUAUCAGUCCAACACGAGUCCAGACAUGAGACAACUGGAGGGACUCUCCAAGCAGCUGGACUGGGAGGAGCGGAAAGUACUGAGAUGGUUUCGUAUUCGCCGGAACCAGGACAAACCCAGCACACAGAAGAAGUUCUGUGAGAGCAUGUGGAGAUUCACCUUUUACCUUGUGAUUUUUAUCUACGCCAUUGGCCAUUUGUGGGUGUCACCUUGGAUGUGGGAUACCAAACAGUGUUGGUACAACUACCCUUUUCAGCCUCUAAGUCCUGAACAAUACAAUUACUAUGUUGCUGAGCUGGCUUUCUAUUGGUCUCUGAUGGUGUCCCAGUUCACAGACGUUAAACGUAAGGAUUUCAUGAUCAUGCUUGUCCACCACCUGGCCACCAUAUUCCUCAUCACCAUCUCCUAUGCCAACAACAUGCUAAGAGCUGGCACUUUGGUCAUGUGCGUGCACGAUGCUUCGGACAUCUUCCUCGAGGCAGCCAAGUUGGCCAACUAUGCCAAGUACCAGAGGCUAUGCGACAGCUUGUUUGUGGUGUUCAGCAUAAGCUUUUUUCUCACUCGACUCGUCAUUUUUCCUUUCUGGAUUGUAUACAGCGUGCUGUUUGAGAGCUGGCAGAUUAUUGGGCCAUAUCAGGCCUGGUGGCUGAUAAACGGGUUACUGCUGGUCCUGCAGAUUCUCCACAUCAUCUGGUUCUACCUCAUCGCUCGCAUUGCUGUCAAAGCUAUCUUCAAGGGAAAGGUGUCGAAAGACGAUCGCAGUGACAUAGAGAGCAGCACAGACGAGGACAUUUCCUCCAAUGGCAGUAAAAACUGUCAAACCUCCAAACUGAGGGACAGCAGCAACACCGUUGCCCUUAAUGGAGAAACCCAUGACCACUGAGAGCAGAGAGGGGACCGAUUCUUUAUUCCAAUCAUAUUUUCGUUCAGUUAUACAGGUGAGACUCAACUCUGCACCUUAUUACAAUAAACUUUGAAUUAUCUUUCCUACAAAGAGUGCCAAGAGGUUAAACUCCAAGGUUAGUGCACAGCCUUGGACACUUGAAAUGUUUACGUCUACUGUUUUUCUCUCAAGUACUCAAGAAAUAUAUGAGAAAUGCAGCAACCGGGGAGCUGCUUACAAUGCUUUAUGGUUGUAAAUAAAUUUUCUUAUUGACAAUAACUGCUGUGAAACAAAUCACUGCUUCCAAAGUAUUUGUUGUAUUAUAGAGACAUAUGCUUCUGUGCUUUUUGAUUUAAAUUGUCAAACAUCCCAAAGUUUUCUUGAUAAAAGUGCAAUAAAUGCAGUGAUUGUA